CAAGGCGCGUGGAGGAGCUGGCUUACACAGCAGUAGUAGUUGGAGUGGACUAGUUUUCUUAGCGGAGGUGCGGAGUUUUUGAUUCAGGACUGCUGUUACUGGGACUACUGAAUGGGAGCAGUCACUGGAUUCGUGUGAUACCAACGCAAGCUACCCAGACUACCUACUACUGCCCAUCAUAUUAGACUUUUGGGGACAUUUAGGGGACAAACAGAACAAGAUCACCUCUACUCCUCCUGCUGUCCCCUUCCCCUUUCCUUCCUUACGGAUUCUUCAGAAAGAGAAAUCCUCCAGAAAUGGCUCAGAUACUGCCGAUACGUUUUCAGGAACAUCUGCAGUUGCAGAACAUGGGCGUGAACCCAGCUAACAUUGGGUUCAGCUAUCUGACCAUGGAGUCGGAUAAGUUCAUCUGCAUCAGAGAGAAGGUGGGUGAGCAGAACCAGGUGGUGAUCGUGGACAUGUCCGACCCCACUAACCCAAUCAGGAGACCGAUCUCAGCCGACAGUGCCAUCAUGAACCCCGCCAGCAAGGUCAUCGCCCUGAAAGCUGCCAAGACGCUGCAGAUCUUCAACAUUGAGAUGAAGAGUAAGGUGAAGGCUCACACGAUGACGGAGGAGGUAAUGUUCUGGAAGUGGAUCUCAGUAAACACUGUUGCCUUGGUGACGGAUACAGCCGUCUUUCACUGGAGCAUGGAGGGGGAUUCCCAACCCACAAAAGUCUUCGAUCGGCACGCCAGUCUGGCGGGAUGUCAGAUCAUCAACUACAGAACUGACGAACAACAGAAGUGGUUACUGCUGAUUGGGAUUUCUGCACAGCAAAACCGUGUGGUUGGGGCAAUGCAGCUGUAUUCUGUUGACAGAAAAGUGUCCCAGCCCAUUGAAGGCCACGCUGCUGCCUUCGGGGAGUUCAAAGUGGAGGGAAAUGCCAAAGCCUCCACCUUGUUCUGCUUUGCUGUGCGCUCACAGGCUGGGGGAAAGUUGCACAUCAUUGAAGUUGGUCAGCCAGCUGCAGGAAACCAGCCAUUUGCUAAGAAAGCAGUGGACGUGUUCUUCCCUCCGGAGGCUCAGACAGACUUUCCUGUAGCUAUGCAGAUCGGUAAUAAGCACGGUGUAAUAUAUCUGAUCACAAAGUACGGUUACAUUCACCUGUACGACCUGGAGUCUGGAGUGUGCAUCUACAUGAACCGAAUCAGUGCAGAGACCAUCUUUGUUACUGCCCCUCACGAGGCCACCUCAGGAAUUAUUGGGGUCAACAAAAAGGGACAGGUGUUGUCAGUGUGUGUUGAGGAGGAAAACAUUGUCAACUAUGCCACCAAUGUACUGCAGAACCCUGAUCUAGCCUUGAGGAUGGCUGUGAGGUCAAACCUCGCUGGAGCUGAGGAGAUCUUUGCCAGAAAGUUCAACACUCUGUUUGCCCAGGGAAGUUAUUCAGAGGCUGCAAAGGUUGCUGCAUCAGCACCCAAGGGUAUCCUGCGGACAGCAGAGACCAUCCGUAAGUUUCAGAGUGUCCCGGCCCAGCCAGGUCAGGCCUCUCCACUGUUGCAGUACUUUGGUAUUCUGCUGGACCAGGGCCAGCUUAACAAGUUUGAGUCUCUGGAGCUGUGCAGGCCCGUCCUGCAGCAGGGCCGCAAGCAACUACUGGAGAAAUGGCUGAAGGAGGACAAGCUGGAGUGCUCAGAGGAGCUGGGAGACCUGGUGAAGGCCUCUGACCCCACCCUCGCUCUUAGUGUGUACCUCAGAGCUAACGUCCCUAACAAGGUCAUCCAGUGCUUCGCUGAGACCGGCCAGUUCCAGAAGAUAGUGCUGUAUGCUAAAAAGGUGGGCUACACCCCAGACUGGGUGUUUUUGCUGAGAAAUGUGAUGCGUGUCAAUCCAGACCAGGGACUGCAGUUUGCCCAGAUGUUGGUUCAGGACGAGGAGCCGCUGGCCAACAUCAACCAGAUCGUAGAUGUGUUCAUGGAGGGCAACCUGAUCCAGCAGUGCACCUCCUUCCUGCUGGAUGCUCUAAAGAACAACCGCCCAGCCGAGGGACACUUACAGACACGUCUGCUUGAGAUGAACCUCAUUCACGCGCCCCAGGUAGCAGAUGCAAUCCUGGGGAACCAGAUGUUCACCCACUAUGACCGUGCUCACGUCGCUCAGCUGUGUGAGAAGGCGGGUCUGCUGCAGAGAGCUCUCGAACACUACACAGACCUGUAUGAUAUCAAACGAGCCGUGGUGCACACACAUCUGCUCAACCCUGAGUGGCUGGUGAACUUCUUUGGCUCUUUAUCAGUAGAAGACUCGUUGGAGUGUUUAAGAGCCAUGUUGUCGGCCAACAUCCGGCAGAACCUGCAGCUGUGUGUCCAGGUAGCGUCUAAGUAUCACGAGCAGCUGGGGACUCAGGCGUUAGUGGAGCUCUUUGAAUCCUUCAAGAGUUAUGAGGGCUUGUUUUACUUCCUUGGGUCGAUUGUGAAUUUCAGCCAGGAGCCCGACGUUCACUUUAAGUACAUCCAGGCUGCCUGCAAAACGGGCCAGAUUAAAGAAGUGGAGAGAAUCUGUAGAGAGAGCAACUGUUACGACCCGGAGAGGGUUAAAAACUUCCUCAAGGAGGCCAAGCUCACAGACCAGCUUCCUCUUAUCAUUGUGUGUGAUCGCUUUGACUUUGUCCAUGACCUGGUGCUCUACCUCUACCGCAACAAUCUGCAGAAAUACAUUGAAAUCUACGUACAGAAAGUGAACCCCAGUCGUUUACCGGUGGUGAUAGGCGGUCUGUUGGAUGUCGACUGUGCUGAGGAUGUGAUUAAGAACCUGAUCAUGGUGGUCAGAGGGCAGUUCUCUACUGAUGAGCUGGUGGAGGAGGUAGAGAAGAGGAACAGGUUGAAACUUCUACUGCCGUGGUUAGAGUCCCGUAUCCACGAUGGAUGUGAGGAGCCGGCUACCCACAAUGCCCUGGCCAAGAUCUACAUUGACAGCAACAACACACCCGAGCGGUUCCUGAAGGAGAACCCGUUCUACGACAGCGCCGUGGUCGGAAAGUACUGCGAGAAGAGAGACCCCCACCUGGCCUGUGUGGCUUAUGAGAGAGGACAGUGUGACCUGGAUCUCAUCAAGGUGUGCAAUGAGAACUCUUUGUUCAAGAGUGAGGCUCGGUAUCUGGUGCGGCGGAAAGAUCCAGAGCUUUGGGCGAAUGUGUUAGAAGAGAACAACCCCUUCAGAAGACAACUCAUCGACCAGGUGGUGCAGACAGCGUUGUCGGAGACCCAGGACCCAGAGGAGGUGUCGGUCACAGUCAAGGCCUUCAUGACUGCAGACCUGCCCAACGAGCUGAUCGAACUGCUGGAGAAGAUAGUACUUGAUAACUCUGUCUUCAGUGAACACAGAAACCUCCAGAACCUCCUGAUUUUGACAGCCAUCAAGGCGGACCGCACUCGUGUGAUGGAGUACAUCAACAGGCUCGACAACUACGACGCUCCGGAUAUCGCUAACAUCGCCAUCAGCAAUGAGCUCUUUGAAGAAGCAUUUGCUAUUUUCAAGAAGUUUGAUGUCAACACCUCAGCCAUACAGGUAUUGAUAGAGCACAUAGGGAACUUGGAUCGUGCCUAUGAGUUUGCUGAGCGCUGUAAUGAGCCUGCAGUGUGGAGCCAGUUAGCCAGAGCUCAGCUACAAAGAGACCUGGUAAAGGAGGCCAUUGACUCGUACAUUAAAGCUGUUGAUCCUUCGGCGUACAUGGAGGUGGUCAACGCAGCCAGCAAGAACAAUAACUGGGAAGACUUGGUAAAAUUCCUCCAGAUGGCUCGAAAGAAAGCGAGAGAGUCAUACGUGGAGACGGAGCUGAUCUUUGCUUUAGCUAAAACGAACCGUCUGGCUGAGCUGGAAGAGUUUGUCAGUGGGCCCAACAAUGCUCACAUACAGCAGGUGGGCGAUAGAUGUUAUGAUGAGGGAAUGUAUGAAGCAGCCAAGCUUCUGUACAACAAUGUGUCCAACUUUGCUCGUCUCGCAUCGACACUAGUCCACCUGGGAGAGUACCAGGCAGCUGUGGACAGCGCCAGGAAAGCCAACAGCACACGGACAUGGAAGGAGGUGUGUUUCGCGUGUGUGGAUGGCGAGGAGUUUCGACUGGCACAAAUCUGUGGCCUUCACAUAGUGAUCCACGCCGACGAGCUGGAGGACCUGAUCAGCUACUAUCAGGACCGCGGGUACUUUGAGGAGCUCAUUGCUCUCCUGGAGGCUGCGCUGGGUCUGGAGCGUGCUCACAUGGGCAUGUUCACCGAGCUCGCCAUCCUCUACUCAAAAUUCAAACCUCAGAAGAUGAGGGAGCACCUGGAGCUCUUCUGGUCCAGAGUCAACAUCCCAAAGGUCCUUCGUGCAGCAGAGCAGUCUCAUCUAUGGGCAGAGCUGGUUUUCCUUUAUGAUAAAUAUGAGGAGUUUGACAAUGCCGCCAUCACAAUGAUGUCUCAUGCGACAGAUGCGUGGAAAGAAGGGCUUUUCAAGGACAUUAUUGCAAAGGUUGCAAAUGUGGAGUUGUACUAUAAAUCUCUUUCCUUCUACCUGGAAUACAAACCCCUCUUACUGAAUGACCUGUUGACCAUCCUGUCUCCGCGGUUGGACCACAGCCGAGCCGUCACCUUUUUCAGCAAGAUGAACCAGCUGAAGUUGGUCAAGCCUUACCUGAGGUCUGUCCAGAGUCACAACAACAAGUCCGUCAACGAAGCCCUCAACAACCUGCUGACAGAGGAGGAGGACUACCAGGGUUUGAGAGCAUCCAUUGACGCCUAUGAUAACUUUGAUACCAUUGGCCUGGCGCAGAGGUUAGAGAAACAUGAACUGAUUGAGUUCAGACGUAUCGCUGCUUACCUGUACAAGGGCAACAACCGCUGGAGACAGAGUGUGGAGCUCUGCAAGAAGGACAAACUCUACAAGGAUGCCAUGCUGUACGCUGCAGAGUCUAAGGAUGCAGAGCUGGCAGAGACUCUGCUCCAGUGGUUCCUGGAGGAGGGCAGGAAGGAGUGCUUCGCCGCCUGCCUGUUCGCCUCCUAUGACCUGCUACACCCUGACGUGGUGAUGGAGCUCGCCUGGAGGCACAACAUCAUGGACUUUGCCAUGCCGUACUUCAUCCAGGUCAUGAGGGAGUACCUGUCAAAGGUUGAUGAGUUUGCAGCGAAGGUGACGGUCUCUGGCCCUCUUUUUAUUUCUCUUAUGUGUUCUGUCUGUUUUUUGUUGUUGUAACUUAUCUCUUAGGUUUCUGAUGUAGGAACCUAGCAUGGACUAUAGACUGAGUUUGGCCUAACUAGCUCUGGUCUUGGAGAGCUGUAGCGGUCUGUGCAGGCUUUUGUUCCACUUCAACACCAACACAACAUGCUUUUAUCCAUUCUGAGUUUAUCCGCUGGAAGCACUUUCUAAAUAAUCCUCCUGGGGAACCUCAUUGUCUCAAUUUGUACGGAGCGAUGACUUUUCAUUUUUGAAUAAAGGCUUUUAGCAGUGAAGCAGAAACAAAUUCAUGAUUUUUUUUUCUUUAAAGGCUAUAGUGAGAAGAGCACUGCUGUCUAAUGACUCUCAGUGCAAACAUAAAAAGCAACAGGCGGAAUGUGGAAACAGCUUAUUGCAAUCUGAAGUAGCAUUUCUUAUGUAGUGUCUUCUAUGGAGCUCAUUAUCGAAAUGAAGUUUAGCAGCCGCUAUAUAAAGGAAUAUAUCUAUGUUAAAAGUUCAGAUAUAAUUAGCUACAGUUAAUGAAGUUAGUUUGGUAGGUUAUAAUGUAUUUCUAAAGACACCUAACUUUCCUGAAUUUCACUGUAUGCAGGAGCUAUUAUGUAGUCUAAAAAAAAGUCUUGGACCAGUGGAGUGCCCUGAACUUUAAACUCUGUGUUGACGGCUGGAGCCAAAGCCUGUGCACCAUCUUGUUCUUCAGGACCAGGAUUAGCCGGUCCUGGCCUAACAGAUACCUCUCACCCUCUAACUCCUCUCUCUUGGGGCUGCAUCUAGUUUAAGUGGCAUCCUUAAAAAUCCUGAUAAUUUAAGUUGUGCAGUUGCAAAAUAACGAUAUUGAUGUUUUGGACAUUAUAGUAUAAGAAAAAGUGAUUUUUUUCUCCACCUGGCUAAUGCUCUCUAAAGACCAGGAGAGCGAGCCACUCUAGACUGGUUAGAUGCACCCCCAUGUUUCUAACUCCAGGUUAACAAGUUUUAAUUUAACAUAUUUAGCGGUUAGAUCAGUGGAGCUACAAACAAUAACUAAAGGUUAUGGAGUCCUCUGCUCUGUCUGUGGGGAUAUUCAUGGUUUACCUCAGCUAAUCAGUUUAUUUUCAAGAGAACAAACCCUCUGUUGCACAAGUGACUGGUCAGACUGGUUGUGACAGAAUACAGCAGCCAUUCAGGAAGUGAAAUAUUAACGUCUUUGAAGUAGUUCAGCACACAUACCAAGAGUCUUAGAUGUUGGCAGUAGAGCAUAGCACAAUGUCUUGAUUUAUAUAUUAAAUAACAUCCAUUUCUAUUCGAUGCAUACUGUUUAAAAGCAUUUUUCAUUCACACAUUAUAAUAAUGUUUUGUCAUUUACAGAAUAGUGCUUUACAUGUGUUGUUGAACCAUCUCACUCCUUUGUUCAAAUUAUUUCUUAAUUUCUUGAAGUUAUGACUCAGCAUAAAUGAUCCAUUUUAUAUUCCACAUUCAAAUUAAACUCCACUUACAUCAGAAACCUUUUGUUCAGUUGAAGCACAAUGCCUGAUUGUUUCUUUGCACUUAGUGGCCAGGAAAAUUGGCACUACAACCCACUCACUGCGCAAAUACUGUAUGCCUGGCAAGGAUGAGCUUAACCUGCAAGCUUCGAAUAUGUACAGUAGCUUGAUUUUAAAGUCCAGAAAAACAAUUAAAUACACUCAACUGUGUCAGGAGGGCUGCGCACAGGAUGCAUGUGGAAGCUGUGAUUGUCAUCUAUUGAUAUGAGACUGUUAACUGUGAAUGGCUGAACAUGUAGCAUCAGCAUAUAGGCAUGUAUAGCUUCUCCUUUACUUAAUACACAAUGUAAUAUUUCUUUAACCUUGAAUCCACUAUAAUUUUUCUUUUAAAGGGCCAGUUCACACAAA